AUGAAAGUCGGAGUUUAUUGGAUUAUUUGCGCACAUUUUGCCAUCGCGCUAUUUUACUCCACAGCUUCACUGCUGCACACCAGGCAACAUGAGCUCUUCUGUUUUCGCACCGUUUCAGCUCUUGGACGUACCCAGUGCAGCUUCCUUCGCAAAACAGCCUCGAACGAGUCUUUCCUUUUCUACUGGACCGUUUGGACGGAUGACCGACACAUGGAAGAGUGUUCGGUAAGCUCUGAUCAGGGGCUGGUUCGAGAUUACAUGUCGUUAUGUGGUGAGCAGGAAGGCACCAUGGAUCUAUAUACAGCCUCGUUCCAGCUGAAUGUGAGUCUGAUUUUGGAGCCUGGGGGUCCGUGUACGUUUCGACCGAGCGACUUUGGUAACUUCAGGAUGCGUAAUUACGGCUCUAACAGGCGCAGUCCGGUACAGCUGGGGGUUAAAAAGCGACAGAAGCGCGCAUGGAUCUUCCCUGGGACGCUGUGGUGCGGCCACGGAAGCAGCGCUGAUGAAUACGAACAGCUGGGGAUGUUCGAGCGGGUCGACAGCUGCUGCCGAGAGCACGAUCACUGCGACCACAUCAUUCGCCCCUUCACCGUAAACUUCGGCAUCUUCAACCCGACCCUGUUCACCAUCUCGCACUGCGACUGCGACCGCAGGUUUAAGCAAUGUCUCCUGGACGUUAACGACACCGUCUCUAACAUGGUGGGCUACAGCUUCUUCAACAUCCUUAAACAACGCUGCUUUGAUCUAAUCCAAAAGAAACGAUGCACCCAAAUGAACUGGUUCGGAAUGUGCACAUCAGCUCAGGUCGGCCCUUUGGCGGUUUUCCGAAAUCAAGCCGCAUAUAAUGCCACGGGCUCAGAAUCCAGCAUUCCUAACGUGCCGGGUCAUCCGACGAAACCUAAAAACAAGAAACCUAAACCGAGAAAACCCUCCGACCCUCAGACGAGCUAUGCUCUGGUGGCUCCUGUAGGACGUCCCGAGUAUGUGUCGCCUGGAAGAACUGGGAAGACAGACGGUAAAAUAAAGACGCUUUUAACGACAUCUUACACGACACGUCCCGACUGCCGCCAAAUGAAGAAUCGGACGUCUGGACCGACCAGCAUCCGUAAGUCACCGAAACCUGAAAAGAAAUCCAAACCGACCAGAGUAACUAAGAUCAGACAGUCCAGGACGUUCCCUCUCCCUCCAGAGGUGAACGACAAGCCGAAAUUUAACACGACUUCGUUUUCAAAGAAGGACAAACGUGUCCGGACGAGUUCAGUCAGAAAAAAGAAAAAGAAAAUCAAGACGUCAGUCAAUGAGAACGCCUCAGUAAAGAGGAAGACGAUCGACGUGGAGAAGACGCUGACCACGACGUCUAGAUCUAGAACCAAGGUGCGGAAAAUGACCGAUCUGAAACGAAACGUGGAGACUUCAAAAUUUCCGUCGGUAUGUGACGUGGCCAGACAUUUAGACGACUGCAGGUACAGAGUCCGUCCCGCAGAGAGGGUGUACGGACAUCACAACACGGGAUCGACUACAAUCUACCACUGCGACUGCAUUCACAGGCUGACUGACCAUAUAAAGAAAUGGAAGAACCCCAGCAUUCUGAAACUCGUAUUGAAGUCAGUGUCCACGUCAUGCAUUGAAGACGCUGAUCCAAAAGAUUGCCGCAAAACGACAGGCUGUCCUGCCGUCCUUUCCAAGGCUAAAAUGCUGGAGUCAUUACUGAUGAAAACAGAAGAAGGUCGAGAUACAGCCAAGUAUAGAAAAAUGACAGCAAACAAAGCGGUUCCGGAUCAACUUUACAAACACUGUGUUAAGAUUUUUAGAAGCUCUAAACAUGUAAGGAAGAGUCCUUCCAAACAUUUAUGAUACUGCUAUG